AUGCUGCUCCUCAGAAUCAAAUGUGUCCUCCUCCUCCUGCUGCUGCUCCUGCUAUUCUCUAUCCUGCUGCUGCUCCUGCUCCUGCUCCUGCUCCUGCUCCUGCUAUUCUCUACCACGGCAACCAACCGCGCAGGCUGGAACCAGAGCAGCAGCCACUGCAGCUGGGAGGGCGUCACCUGCAGCCGGAGGCACCGGUGGCGGGUGGUCGCCCUGGACCUCAGCGCACGGGGCCUGGCCGGCACCAUCUCCCCCGCCAUCGGCAACCUCACCUUCCUGCGCUCGCUCAACCUGAGCAUCAACGCCCUUCAAGGCGAGAUCCCUCCCAGCAUCGGCUCCCUUAGGCGCCUCCGGGGCAUUGAUCUGAGCCAGAACAUGCUCACCGGUGCCAUCCCGAGCAACAUUAGCCGCUGCACCAGCCUCCGGUUGAUGCUCAUCGGCAGCAACAAGCGGUUACAGGGAAGCAUACCAGCUGAGAUUGGCAACAUGCCGUCACUAGCUGCACUUGGACUGUUCGACAACAGCAUCACAGGAACCAUCCCGAGGUCGUUUGGGAACCUUUCCCAGCUGACCAAAUUGUCCUUGAGAAAUAACUAUCUCGAGGGAUCGAUCCCAGCAGGAAUAGGGAACAAUCCACAUCUCAGGUUGCUUCAGCUUUCGGGCAACAACAUCUCAGGUCUGCUUCCUCCUUCGCUGUACAACCUAUCAUCUCUGAACAUGCUCUCCGUGGCAAGCAACAAGCUGCAUGGCCGUCUACCACCUGAUCUGUGGAAAAGCCUUCCAAGCAUCCAACAAUUCUUGUUUGCACGGAACCGGUUUUCUGGACCUUUUCCGCUGUCGCUGACUAAUCUCUCCAGCCUCCAGAUUCUUGACAUCGGAUUUAACAGUUUCACCGGAGUUGUUCCUGCCCAAGUAGGCAGGUUGCGAAAUCUUAAUGUGCUUUUUCUUGGUACCAACAAGUUCGAGGCAAGCAAUGAAGAAGAAUGGGGAUUUGUUUCUUCUUUGACAAAUUGUAGCAGACUGCAGAUGCUAGCCAUUGAACGGAAUAGGUUCGCGGGGGAACUGCCAAGUUCGGUGGCUAAUUUGACAGCCAAUCUUCAGUUGCUGCGCAUUCACAGCAACCACAUAUCUGGUGUUAUAUCAUCAGAGAUUGGAACUUUGGCAAGUCUUGAGGAGAUUGACUUCACCAGUAACAUGCUGACCGGGGUCAUUCCUGAAAGCAUAGAGAAGCUUCCACAGUUGAAUCAGGUAUUUCUUGAUUCAAACAAUUUGUCAGGAACUAUACCAUUCGCCAUCCGAAACCUCACAGGCCUUGCUUUAUCACAUAACAACCUUGCUGGCUUCAUUCCGAAUGAAAUUAUGGAGCUCUCGUCACUCUCAAUAAUUCUUGAUUUGUCUCACAACUUCCUGGAGGGACCGCUUCCAUUGGGAGUCGGUAAUUUAGUAAACCUCGAAGAGCUAUGGCUGUCAGGAAACAAAUUGUCAGGUGAGAUACCUGAUACUAUUGGAAACUGCAGAGUCAUGGAAAUCCUCUUAAUGGAUGAAAAUACAUUGCAAGGAAGCAUACCCGCCACUUUGAAGGAUAUAAAGGGCCUCACUCAACUGAAUUUGUCAGCCAACAAUCUGAAUGGGAGCAUCCCUGGUACCCUAGCCAGCCUUACCAACUUGCGAGAGUUGUACCUUGCCCAUAAUAAUUUGUCAGGAACAAUCCCAGAACUGUUAGGUAAUUCAACAUCGCUAUUCCGCCUUGAUCUAUCCUUCAACAAUUUGCAAGGUGAAGUACCAAAACAAGCGGUUUUUACAAAUUUAACAGGACUAACAAUUGUUGGGAACAAUGCAUUAUGUGGUGGAAUACCAGAGUUGCAUCUGCCAAAGUGCCCAAGCUCUAGUGAAGGAAAAAGUAAGAAAGGCAUGUUGAGGACUAUUAGAAUAGUGAUCCCAACAGCCGGAGUUCUCCUUCUCUCACUUUUUGUUGUUUGGGCUGGAUUUCUUUACAGAAAGUCCAAGACAGCACCGAAGAAAGAAAUACCACCACAAUUCACAGAGACCGAGCUUCCAAUAGUUCCAUACAAUGAUAUACUGAAAGGAACAGAUGGAUUUUCAGAAGCAAAUGUCCUUGGGAAGGGAAGAUAUGGUACAGUAUACAGAGGCACUAUAGAGAAUCAAGCCAUUGCCGUAGCUGUUAAGGUGUUCAAUCUCCAGGUAUCAGGAUCAUAUAAAAGCUUCCAGGCUGAAUGUGAGGCACUGAGAAGAGUGAGGCACUGCUGCCUUGUAAAGAUCGUUACAUGUUGUUCAAGCAUCGACCACCAGGGUCAAGACUUCAGAGCACUAGUCUUUGAGUUCAUGGCUAACGGCAGUUUAGACAGAUGGAUCCACUCAAAUUUUGAUAGCCAAAAUGGACAAAGAGCACUCAGCUUGUCACAAAGGUUAGAUAUCGCAGUAGACAUUGUGGAUGCUUUGGACUAUCUUCACAACGGUUGCCAGCCACCGGUCAUCCAUUGUGAUCUAAAGCCAAGUAACAUUCUUCUCAAUCAGGAUAUGAGAGCUCGUGGUGGGCAUUUUGGCAUUGCCAGAGUUCUAGAUGAAGCAAUAAGCAAACAACCUAUGAAUUCCAAUAGCUCCAUAGGAAUAAGAGGUUCCAUCGGAUACAUUGCUCCAGAAUAUGGAGAUGGUCUUGCAGUAUCAACUUAUGGUGAUGUCUUUAGUCUUGGUAUCACUUUGAUCGAGCUGUUCACAGGAAAGAGCCCGACAAAUGUUAUGUUUAAAGAUGGGAUAAGCCUGCAUCAUUAUGCUGAGGUGGCUUUCCCAGAUAAGGUUAUGGAGAUAGCAGAUGCCAACAUAUGGCUGCGUGAAGGACCAAACACUAUCAAUGAUAUGAGGUAUAUAACAAGAAUCAAGGAAUGUUUGUCUUCUGUUAUUCAGCUUGGUAUCCUGUGCUCAAAGCAAUUGCCUAUAGAACGGUUAUCAAUGAGCAAUGCUGCAGCAGAGAUGCAUGCUAUCAGAGAUAAACACGCCAGUACUCAGCAACUAAGUGAUGUCAGAUCAUAUCAGUAA